AUGAUCUCUCCAAUCAACAUAUCGUUCAUAAUUUUAUUCCUUCCAUCUUACGAAAAAGCCAAUCCAAGAUUCUUUCUAUCAUACCAAUCAAAUGAUUUAUUUUUGAAUGCAGCUCAUCAAGGUAUGAGUCCGAUUUCACAGUCUACCAUGAAUAAUUCGACUGAAAUUCCACCUGAUACGUCUCCUAUGAAGAUUGCCUCGUCGCCAUCCUCUUCUACAAUGUUAUCCAGUCCAAAUCAAAAAUAUCAUCAGUCAAACACGUUGCGUUCUCCUACUAAUUUAUUUGAUUUUCAAACUGUUGCUGAUCGCGCAAACCGUGAUUAUCAAAAUGGAAAUUUUGAACGUGCUGAACAAUAUUGUCUUCAGUUGUAUCAGCAAGAACCCGAUAAUACAAGUUUAUUACUUCUACUUAGCUCGAUUUACUUUCAAAUGCGUCGUUAUGAUCAAUCAAUGGAAUAUAGUUUAUUAGCGACGAAACUUGAUCCACAUCUAGCUGAAGCUCAUUCGAAUCUAGCCAAUGUAUAUAAAGAAAAAGGUCUUCUACAUUUAGCACUUGACCAUUAUGUGAAAGCUCUACAAUUGAAACCAGAUUUUACUGAUGGAUAUAUCAAUUAUGCUGCUGCGCUCAUUGCCAAUUCAGAUAUGGAAGGUGCUGUAAGUGCGUAUCUAACAGCACUGCAAUACAAUCCAGAUUUAUAUGGUGUUCGAAAUGAUCUAGGAAAUCUUUUAAAAGCACUCGGUUAUUUAGAAGAAGCUAAAGAAUGUUAUUUAAAAGUGAUUAAAACUCAGCCGACAUUUGCUGUUGCAUGGAGUAAUUUAGGAUGUAUAUUUAAUUGCCAAGGCGAGGUAUGGUUGGCUAUUCAUCAUUUUGAAAAGGCAGUCGCUCUGGAUCCAAAUUUUCUCGAUGCAUACAUUAAUCUAGGAAAUGUUUUGAAAGAAGCACGAAUAUUCGACCGUGCUGUAACUGCUUAUUUACGAGCACUUACUCUUUCGCCAAAUCAUCCGAUCGUUCAUGGCAAUUUAGCAUGUGUCUAUUACGAACAGAAUCUAAUCGAUUUAGCCAUUGAAACUUAUCGGCGAGCAAUACAAUUGCAGUCAAAUUUCCCGGAUGCUUAUUGUAAUUUAGCAAACGCACUGAAAGUCCAAGGCAAAGUUGCCGAAGCCGAAGAAUGCUACAAAACUGCCCUAAGUCAAUGUCCAACACAUGCUGAUUCUCUGAACAAUCUAGCGAAUAUCCGUCGUGAACAAGGACAAGUUGAUGAAGCAAUUAAUUUAUACA